AUGAGGGGCAGGCGGGGCAACAACCACGCGCGCAAUAAGAAAGGAGAUCUCGCGGGGCUCCUCGCCCCGCCUGGGCCACCCACCCUCGCGCCCCGCGCCGCGCGACGUGCGACGCGCGGCCAUCUUCGCAACCUCGCGCCGCCCCAGAAUCGGAGUGUCUCUCUGUAUUGCUACGUGGCACGGGGAAGCUCCAAGGCCUCGGCGACAGUUUCCUCGGCCGCCGCGCUGCUCAGCAACCGGCCGCCCGGCAGGACGGCGUCCACCCGCCAGGCUCCGGGCCCCAGUCUGCCCGCGCAGUGGUCGGCCAGCAGCUGCUCGUAG